AAAAAUCCUUUCUAGAAAUUGAUAAUCCCGAAGAAUUUGAAUUUUUUUUGCCGCCAAGAUGUCGGAACACUUUAAGUUCAAUCGAAUCUUUGAUAGCAACACUGUGCGUGGACGUGCCAAUGUUGCCAAGGCCACUUGGGCCUCCGUGGGCCUCAUCUAUGUCCUGGUUAAGAUGCAUCGCCGCAAUGCGAAACGUCGCGAAUCCACCAAAUAUUGCAAGGGUUGUCAACAGAAGCUCUUCCAAUAAGCCGCAAGAAUCCCAACCGAUUGAGUUCUGCUCACAAAAAUCCCAUUCAUCCAGGCCCCCCAACUCUGAAGGAGUGAAAAAAAGAACUCUAGGAGUUAAGCGUUAACCCAAAUCACUUGUGUUUCAAUUGCGUUCACAUCAUAAUUAUACGAGUAUUUUUUUCAAUUUGAGCAGCAAA